AGGAGUUACUGUGCAGGGAAAGAGUCAGAAAAGUGUCAUGAAGGAAAGGACAUCUUUGCCAAGCUAGGGUAACUUCUGGAGUUCCUUAAUUAAAGCAAGCUACAUGAAAGGCCCGGAACGACCUCCAUAGUAGUUUUCCUUUGGACCUCUUCUCAGGAAAUGGGUCUGAGCUACUCCAAGACUCAUCCCAGGGUGACCAAAGUAGCACCUUUGCAAAGUGAAGAAGCAGAGACUCCCUCGGCUGGCCAUCUGACCUUUGCAGUUCCUCAGAACCCGGAAGGAGAAAAUUUGCAUUUGUUCCCAAGACUGCAAGGCCAGAAUAGAGCUUUGGAAAGGCAGCUGCCUCCUCUUCGAGAAAACUGGUAUGGAAGGGAUUCUGCAGCAUCCAGGGCCAUGUAUUUUGACAUCCCACUGGAACCUGGAGAAACAAGUAUUAUUAAAAGACAUCCACCACGAAGACUGCAAACACUUCAGCCCCUUGACCUGCCACAAGUAAUGACCUCUGAAAGACUCCCACAUCAGCAAGAAGCCCGGACGAGGCACAGAGCAAAGCAGGGACUGGAAAAGAAAAUGCAAACGCCAAUGUAUACUUCUGGGAAAAGACAGUAUUUACAUAAGAUGCAAAUGCUGGAAAUGAACCGUAAAAGACAAGAGGCCCAAAUGGAAUGGAAGAAAAGUCUUCACAAGGAAGCAAAAUUGAAUAAGCAAAACCUGAGAGACCAUAAGGCUAAAAAAACACUUCAAAGUUUCCCAAGGAAUGAUGACCCCAGCAUUCUAACUAUUUUGCCUGAUGAAACUGUGAACAGAGGUGCAGGAAAUUCACAGGAUAAAGAAUUUUUGGAAUAUCAAGCAAGGAACGGCUAUUGUCCCCGGAAAAUGGGCAAAAUGGAAAUGUGGUUCCAAGAACAAGAGGCCCGAGGACAGCUUUUCUGGGACAGUUCAAGCUCUGACUCAGAGGAACCACGCAGAGAUGAGAAAAAACGUCAGCCACUAGUGAGGACCAGGACAGAGAGAAUCACACUUGUUGAUGAGUUUUUUGAUCAGGAAUAAGUUGGCUACUCACUAACCUAGAUAGUAAGGAUAAGCUUGAUUCUCCACCAAAUGUUUCAAGUUAGUAUAUGAACUGCUGUGAGGAAAGCAAUUCUCUUUGGUAAACAGAAAGGCUAUCUUCUUGUUAACAAGUUUGCCAUUUAUGCUACUAACUUGCUGAUCAAAACCACCUUUCUGUGGGUGGCUGGACUCAGCAGGGUGGCUCUUCUGCUGGUCUCUUUUGAAAUCUCUCAAGUAGUGGGAAUCAGAUGGCAGCUAGGACUGGAGUCAUCUAAAGGCUGGACUAGGACUGAAACCACUGGACCUUGGUUAUUCUCCAUUCAGUCUCAGAGUUUCUUCACAUGAUCUUGAUAUCAGAGUAGUGAAAUUUCCUUCACAUCAGCUCAGGCCUCCUGAAAACAAAUGUCCCAGGAGGAGGACUCAGAAGGUCCAGUCACAGAACUGGCUGAGCACCACUUCCUCCAUAUUCUGUUGGUCAACCCAAGACAUGGCCAAUGAAAAGAGUCCUCACAAGGGCACAGAUGCCAAAAUGUGGUCAUUUGGGGUUCAUAUUGGAGUCUUGCCACCACCCCAUGCUUUUACAAGCAAACUAGAUUACUGGAAACAAAUAGAAAAGAAAGUAGAUGUGAGUUUUUAAAGAAUAGUCAUAGUUAUGCUCUAUUAGACAUUAAACUCAUUGAGGCCAUAUCAGAAAAGCUUCGAGAAAGGAAUAGCAUAAUAUUAAGUGUGGAAGGCCAUUGUGAAUCCAAAUUCAAAACUGAGACCUCUUAUAUUGUUACAUAGCAUUUACAGCUGUUUAAAACUAAAAGGAAUCUUAACAUCCCUCAGUCCAAAAUCUAUUCCAUUUAUAAAAAUUAGCUUUUUAAGCAAGUUUUUAAAGUACUUCUUUUGUGUAAAAUUCAGCUCUGUGUUCAGCAUAAUCUGGCAACAGUUUUAAGCAUCCAAAGGAUUCCAAAAAUUUACUUAAAAAUUUUAAAACAAAGUGAAAACACCCUUCAAUGGGAAAUCUUCAAAAUGAAAAAAUAAAGGAAAAUACCAUGCGAGUAUGACAUUCGAUCCAUCCAGACCAGUUCCGAAGAAAAUAAAAAACCUGAAGACUCAGAGAGGAAUGCUCAGCUUUCCUCCAAGGAUGGAAGGUGAUUAGGCCUUCAGCAUAUCUACUGCAGUUCUUUGUGAGUACCUUUCUUUGGUACUAGAUGAAAAGCUGAUUUCCAGCAAAGGAAUAUGUAAACUGUUUGAUAGCUAGGCUUCUCACGAGAUAAGACCUUGGAGAGGACAAAUAAGCCCAACAUGCUCACCUUGGUGAGUGUGGAAACCUGAGAGUGGGAUGGGAAAGCCCCAGUGCUGAGGCUAGGAGGACAGAGCAGACCUUCGUCACUGCACUGUCACCUAGAAUUGGACAAAGCUCCUUCUGCAAACUCACUGGACUGUGAGCAACUGGAGGACACAGACCACAUCUUUCUCCUGUAGCAUCUCUGCUUCCGAGCACAUCUGGUGCAGUUUAUUAUUUAAUUCUUGCUGAAUUUAUGUGUUAACUAGUUAAUUAGAGAGGGACUUGUUUCUCUCCAGCUAUGCAGUGCUCAUACUCAUUUCCACCAUUUCUCAAGAGUCUUAUACAUACCAGGCUGAUUAGACAAUGAAGACAGGGACCUUCUUCAAAAUCUCUUGGAAAUUCUACCUUGAAAUGCAGCCUAGACUGAACAUUGCUGUGUGGUACAGAGCUAUAAAUGUAUGAAGAUGAAGAUACCAUAGCUCAGAAUAUUCUCAAAACUCUGUAAGAAUAGGUUCACUGCAAAGACAGUCAUAUCCUCUCCAUUUAUUUGCUUGCUCCACGCUGAACUCUUUUUCACUCAACUCUAAAUUCAGGAAUUUAAAACUGAUAAUAAUGAUCAUAAUAACUGCUAACAUGUAUGGGCUCCCUAUGUGUGCAAGGUACUCUUCACACACUUGGCCCAUGUGAUCUUCACAUCAGCUUUGUGUGUCAAUAUUAACAUCACCCUUGUCUUACAGAUGAGGAGUCAGAGGCACAGAAAGCUUCAUCCAGCAGGACUUCCAUUUGGGCUGCGCCCGUUAUUUAGCAAAAGAGACUUGUUGGGAGGUGGGCCCUUCUCUCUUUUACCCAAUUUGACUUCAAACACAGCAGCUUCAUUUUAUGGCACCCCACAUUUCUUUUAUGUGAUGUGUUUAGGGUUUUGUUUGGUGUUUUAGAGGUGGAACAGCAUGCUAGAAGCGUUUGUGGGAUCUGCUUUAGAAAGAAGAAAUAGCUUAACCCAUAGCUGGGCUGUGGGCACAGAGAAGGCAGAAGGCGCCAGAGCAGGCAGGUGCUGCCAGAAAGCCGCAGCCUGUAGCACAGAGUGCGCUCGGUGGCGAGCACUCAGGGAGAGCGUGCUCGACGCUGGCCACAGGUUAGGUGUUGAAUGAUUUUAAAAAAAACUUACAGUCAAGAUUUCUCGGCCUACCUUUUGCUUUCGGCAGGUGGCAAAGAGGUCUAGCACUGGGGUGUUGUUUAUUUGAAGUUUCCAUGUGCAUCUAAUGUUGAAAACGUAAGAAUGAAUCUAAGUGUGAAUGUGGUGCACACCUGUAAUCCCAGCAUCUGGGAGGCUGAGGCAGGAAUAGUGCCACGAGUUCCAG